AUGUCGCUGGUUGUGGAUAUCAAUCAACAUUCACGCACGAUCUUCACUCCACAGUCGAGACUCUUGUCAACAAUCGCCAAUACCAUCAACAUCAACAUCAACAUCAAUACCACUGCAGACGUCUUCAGAAUGCAGUCCAAGAUGAUGCUCACUGUUGCUUCUCUCCUUGCCCUCUCGCCUGUCUCUCUUGCUGGGCUCAUGCCAAAGUCUCCCAACCCCGAGAUCGCCAUGGAGAUCGGCUGUUACCCUACCGGAAAUGCAGCCAACCCUGACACGGCCAUGGCCUGGGACCUUGCCACCUGUGACGGCCAGCUGAACGGCGACAACUGUCUUCGCUUCUGCACCUGCAACGAGCAAUCCCAGAUCGUGUGCGACAGCAGUGCCAUGAAGGGUUGCAGUGACAAAGAGAUGGCGGCUGGUUGCUCUGCCACUGGCAACAACCACUGGUACUGCAGCUGCUGGCCCGCUAAGGCUUGA